AUUAAAAUUUAUAGUUUCUGCAACUUUGAAUAUAUUUUUGGCAAUCUCUUACCAUUAUUAAAAAAUUGUUAAAGUUUAAUAAGUGUUAUAAAUAUUAGUCCGGCGAAGUGAAAGAAAUUCUAUGGUAAAGAAAAAUUGAAAUGAAAUUGUUAGUUAACCGUUUAACUAAUACCAUCUAUUUGCAUAAAAAAUUAGCGAAAUUUUUCGAAUAAAUAAUACCAACAGGUAUCUUAUCAAAUGCGGCCCGAGACUGUAGUGCAACCCUCAAAACCCCACCGCUGCCAUGCCAGGCAUGCCGGCAAAAUAACGUCAGGUGAGGAGUGACAACGGUAAUCGAUAUCAUCGCGCUAUGUAAACAUCAGCUAAAUGAAGUGUGUUGCCGGCUGCGAGUCAUAACUGUGCACUGUACUCAGUCACUCAUUGAGCGUCUGGCCACAGUUCACUCAACUGUUCAAGUUCAGAUCUCUCUUUUGCUAUCAGCUGAGCGUGAAGUGUGAAAAGCUUCAAAGCAAACACCUGAGACUCAAAUUUCUGCCACCGCCUGACAGGAGACAAUUUAACUAGCAGAAUUAAUGAAUCUUUUCGUAUCAUGGCAAAUCAAGGUGUUAUCAGCGUUGUGCUAAUAAAAAUUUGGUGAAGAAUGCUUUAGUGAUAAUUUGUCCAAGCCACGCGUAGGUGGUCGUGGUUCGUCGCACAAAUAUGCCUGAACGAAAAGUCUCGCAUAUUUUGAAGCUCUCCGCACAGGAGCAGCAGGAGUUCGUCAACUCCUUCGAUGUAAUGAUGUGUGAUUGUGAUGGUGUUAUGUGGAUGAUUGCGUCACCGCUGCCCCGGACGGGUGAGGCGGUGUGUGCGUUGAAGGUGGAUGGCAAACAAGUGCUCUUCGUGUCCAAUAAUAGUGUGCGCACGGAUGAAGAUUAUGUGAAAAAGUUCAAGGGAAUUGGUGUGAAGGAUUUUCAAGCGAACGACAUUAUGCAUCCAGUUAAGGCCAUGUUGUACUAUAUGAAGAAGCAUAAUAUCAAGCAGCCGGUUUUCUCAUUAUGCAGUGCACCCGGCAAUGAAACGCUACGUGACGGAGGCAUAGAUGUGAGAACUUUGGUCCCCGAGGAAGAGAUUACACCCGCUACUUUGGAGAAAAUCACAAGACCAGAAGAAAAAAUGGGCGCUGUUCUGUAUGACAUUAAAUUGGAUUUAUCUUAUGCGCAAAUUGUUGCGGCCACACGUUAUCUAGCAGAUAAAGAUUGUCAGUUUCUGGCGGGAGGUACAGAUUGGCUCUUACCGCUGACAGGAGAAGUGAUGGUGCCAGGAUUCUGCGAUUUCCUCGAAACCAUUAAGCGUUUCACCCAACGAGAGCCAACGAUUGUUUGCAAACCGGCGCUUUUGCUCGGCGACAUCUUGAAAGACGUCUAUAAAUUGGUCGAUCCCAAACGUUGCUUGUUCAUUGGCGAUUCGCUGACGCACGACAUACGCUUCGCUUUGGGUUGUGGCUUCCAAUCACUGCUCGUAUUGAGCGGCAGCACACCCGUAGAGGAAAUGUGGGAAGCAAAUGCGGAAGAUCUACCUCAUUAUUAUGCCGAUAGCAUAGCCGAUUUUAUAGAAUUAUAUGAUAAUAUUAGUAAAACUGUUUAAAAUUAUAA